AUGGACACAGGCAAACGGCUAGCAGAGAAGAUGGCGGAACACACCGAAACAGAAAUCACCACAUCAGCCGCCCUGAUACAACUACCGCCAUACAACUCGAUCAACACCAGGCGAUAUUUUCAGCACGCCUCCGUGGUACAAGCCUUACCAGCAUCAAUCGUUGAAGAAGUGGAAGACAUCCUUCUCAAUACUCCGGACCAACUCCCAUACACCUGCCUCAAAGAAGCCAUCCUCAAACGAACUGGACGUUCGGACGAAGACCUCAUCAGAGACUUAUUCUCUAAUGUGUCUCUCGGCGAUAUGACACCAUCCCAGCUCCUCUGCCUGAUGAAGAGCCGCCUCGGGAACAACACCAUGGCAGAACCCAUCCUCCGAGGGCUAUGGAUGGAUCGGUUACCACCGAUUAUAACACAAGUUCUAGCCCUGGUACCAGUAGAAACGCCCCUUGACGUUGUGGCCGACUCAGCCGACAAAAUAUACUCCCAGGCUCACCAAAAAGUUCACCAGGUUGAGAGCCACGGAAACCACACACGCCUCGAAGAGGAGAUGACCCAACUACGCGCAGAGUUGAGAGACCUGAAACUCACCCUAUGCCGGAGGCAGCGAAGCCCAGCACCACGCACGCGAAAUCGAAGCCGUACCCGCAGCUCAAGUCCAGGACGGAGAAACAGUGUGGACGAAUGUUGGUACCACCAAACCUUCGGUGACCGAGCCCGCAAGUGCCACCCUCCCUGCAGACGAAAUAAGACCCAGGGAAAACGAAUAGACCGACAGGCAGCGACGACGAUCCCUGUCGGUACUCGCUCACACAGUCGUCUCUUCUACGUGUGGGACCGUAACAAUGGCCUCAAAUUCCUAGUUGACACUGGCGCAGCCAUCAGCGUAAUACCACCCACCAACAGAUCCGCCUUGAAACCCACCCCAUUCCAACUUCGAGCGGCAAACGGCUCCGCCAUAGAAACCUACGGGAACAAGGAACUUACUUUGAAUAUCAACCUCAGGCGCGACUUCAAGUGGUCAUUCACCGUAGCUGACGUCAGGAUACCCUUGCUCGGUGCCGACUUCUUGGCACAUUACAACCUGGCUGUCCAUAUGAAGACGAGGACCCUGUCCGACAACACGACAUCCAUCAAGAUCACAGGGAUCCCUUCGAGUUUCAACACAACUAGGAUCAGCGUGGCAACACAGCACGACCCACGCUACGUAGAAAUCCUGCGCCGGUACAAGCACCUCACGCAACCCAUCAAACCAACUGAUGCAGGCGACCAUCAGACCCAACACCAUAUAAAGACCACCGGACAACCAGCAUAUUCACGGCCACGACGACUCCCUCCACACAAAUUAGCAUAUGCCAAGAAAGCGUUUGAGGAGUUGCUGGCCGACAAUAUCAUCCGACCCUCAGACAGCCCAUAUGCUUCACCACUGCAUCUGAUGCCCGAGACUUCGCAACGGUUUUUAGCCAGUCCAGCGCCCGUUAACGUCCGGACACCGUUCCCGAACAAACGACCUCUGUCGUCUUACCAUCCACCGUUCGCAAAUAAAGACACGAUUUCCAUCGUCUACAACGGACCAUCUGCGUUUGUCAUCCUUCUUUGCUAUUGCCAUCUCCUUGCCUUUGUGUCCCCUAUUUUAGUUGUACGGUCGAUUGGCACUCACACCUCUCGGCCCGCUGCAACACGUCCUCCUGAAUAUUUUAUUCCUGAAGUGCCCAGUCUUAUUGUAGUUGAACACUUGUUGAAAUACAUAUCCAUUGUCUACUAUUUUAUCAGAAGUGGCUGCUUACCUGUGUCUCACGACACUAUGCACACCAGUUUCCUUCUUAAAAAUGUCGAACCAGCCCUCUGGCCUUAA